CCCCGCCCGGCCCGGCCCGGCUCAGCGCCGCCAUGGCUCAGCCGGCCCGGCCCGCCGCCGCUUAUCGUAGCCAGAACGGCGCGGGCCAGCAGCCCUACAGCAACGGUCCUGUUCAAAAUCAAAUGAUGCGUUCAUCAGAUGCCCAGGGAUACAGCCCAUCACUUCCAGGACCGUACUCGCCUCAGACGCCAUCAAAGGUUCCUCCACAUCCAUCUUCUGGACAGUAUAACUACAGUGGCUCUCAGAAUGUUUCUCAGUUCAACAGUUAUCAAGGACCUGGGCAGACUCUCAAUAGGCCACCAGCAGCACCUCCAUCUGGCUCACCGGUGCAACAAACAGGUCCUGUGCCACAAGUGCUGCCACCUGCAUUGCAAAACUCAGCUGCUAUCUCAUCUCCUGGUGGCUUUCCUCCUGCAGCUAGCCCGCCAAUGCAUCCCAACUGGCAGUACAGCCAGGCUCCUGUGAGCCACCCAGCUGCAGCUCAACCAAGCCAUUCAGCUCCUGUGGCAGGGACAGGGCCUGCUCAGCCACCGCUGCUGCUAUCAGGAAAUCCUCCAGCAAGUUAUCAGUAUGCUGCUUCUCCAGGAGGUCCUUCGCUUCAGAACAGCUAUAUGAAGCCAGGAUCUGUACCUCCACCAGUGACUCAGCCUUUAACACCUCUCCACCCUCCCUCAAGGCCACCUUUGGGACCUCCUCCCGUUGGUGGUCCACCUCUAAUUAGGCCAUCCACAGUGACAGCAGGAGCACCUAACACACAAUCUCUGCUACAUUCAGCUACAAAUCAAGAAGGUGAUGCUACAUCUGCUGCUGGCGAUGGGUCUGCGGUCCAAAACAGCUAUGAUGCAAUAGAAGGAGGUGGCCUCAUGGCAACCCCACAUCCUUCUGCACCUGCAAAUCUGAAGAUGAAUAGAAAUGUAGGCUAUUCUUAUCCUGCAUUGCCACCAGGCUACCAAAAUACUUCUCCACCUGGAGCACCAGGAGUGCAAGCAUCUGCUUUGCAAUAUCCAGAUGGAUCAAAACAUUUCCACCAGCCUCCCCUAGGCACUAAUCACUUAAAUGCAUCUUUGGGUAGCCUGAGUUUACAGCAAGAGGGAUUAAGACCUGUGAAUCUUCUUCAAGAAAGAAAUAUUCUUCCUACAACCCUUCUCCAGGCUCCUGUCCCAAACUUGCAUGAAGACAUCCAGAAGCUCAACUGUAACCCAGAGUUGUUCCGCUGUACUCUGACUAACAUUCCUCAAACUCAGGCCUUACUGAAUAAAGCCAAGCUUCCUUUAGGGCUCCUGCUUCAUCCCUUCAAAGACUUAUCGCAAUUGCCAGUGGUUACUUCAAGUACUAUUGUGAGAUGUCGUUCCUGCCGGACAUACAUUAAUCCUUUUGUCAGCUUUCUAGACCAAAGGAGAUGGAAAUGCAACUUGUGCUAUAGAGUGAACGAUGUUCCUGAAGAAUUCAUGUAUAAUCCUGUGACAAGAGUUUAUGGGGAACCUCAUAAAAGACCCGAAGUCCAGAACGCUACGAUUGAAUUUAUGGCUCCAUCUGAAUACAUGUUACGUCCACCUCAGCCACCUGUGUACCUCUUUGUAUUUGAUGUCUCUCAUAAUGCAAUAGAGACAGGAUACUUGAAUACAGUCUGCAAGACUUUGUUGGACAAUCUUGACUUGCUUCCUGGGAACACGAGAACAAAAAUAGGCUUCAUAACAUUUGACAGCACGAUCCAUUUCUACAGUCUUCAGGAAGGUCUCUCUCAGCCUCAGAUGCUUAUAGUUUCAGAUAUUGAAGAUGUAUUUAUACCAAUGCCAGAAAACCUAUUAGUAAAUUUAAAUGAAAAUAAAGAGCUAAUUCAAGAUCUACUGAAGAGCUUGCCACAGAUGUUUACCAAGUCCCUGGAAACUCAGAGUGCUCUUGGGCCUGCAUUGCAGGCAGCCUUUAAACUGAUGUCCCCUACUGGAGGUAGAAUCUCUGUCUUCCAGACACAGCUUCCAUCUGUGGGAAUGGGAGCACUGAAAUCUCGAGAAGAGCCAAACCAAAGAGCAACUGCAAAGGACAUACACCUGACACCAUCAACUGAUUUCUACAAGAAGUUGGCCUUAGACUGCUCAGGACAACAGGUCGCAGUGGAUUUGUUUCUUCUUAGUGGACAGUAUUCUGACUUGGCUUCUCUAGGUUGUAUAUCAAGAUAUUCUGCAGGUAGUGUCUAUUACUACCAGUCUUAUCAUCACAAACACAACCCUGUCCAGGUGGAGAAAUUGCAGAAGGAGUUGAAAAGAUAUCUAACUAGGAAGAUUGGAUUUGAAGCUGUCAUGAGGAUAAGAUGCACCAAAGGCCUUUCCAUUCACACCUUCCAUGGGAACUUCUUUGUGCGAUCCACAGACUUGUUGUCCUUGCCCAAUGUAAACCCAGAUGCAGGAUAUGCUGUGCAAAUGUCAGUAGAAGAAAGCCUUACUGAUAUGCAGGUUGUUUCUUUUCAGUCAGCUCUCCUGUACACAUCUAGCAAAGGUGAGAGGAGGAUUCGUGUCCACACGAUGUGCUUACCUGUUGUAACAACACUGAGUGAUGUCUACCUGGGGGCAGAUGUACAAGCUAUCACUGGGCUGUUAGCCAAUAUGGCUGUGGAUCGAUCAGUUUCUGCUACUUUGAGUGACGCUCGCGACGCUUUGGUCAAUGCUGUGAUAGAUUCUCUGUCUGCUUACCGCUCGUCAGUGCUGAGCAUUCAGCAGCCUGGUCUCAUGGCCCCCAGUUCGCUACGGCUCUUCCCACUUUAUGUGCUGGCACUCUUAAAACAGAAAGCAUUUCAAACUGGGACAAAUGCACGUCUAGAUGAACGCAUCUUUAGCAUGUGUCAAGUGAAAAACCAGCCUCUUGUUUACCUCAUGCUUAUGACACACCCCUGUUUGUACAGAGUUGAUAAUCUCACAGAUGAGGGAGCUCUCAACAUCAAUGACAGAACCAUACCUCAGCCACCCAUUCUGCAGCUAUCAGUGGAGAAACUGAGUAGGGAAGGUGCCUACCUUAUGGAUGCUGGCUCUGUGAUGUUUCUGUGGAUUGGGAAGAACUGUGGGCAGAUCUUUAUCAGCCAAGUCCUUGGAGUUCCAAAUUAUGGGUCAAUUCCACAGAACAUGACUCAUCUCCCAGAGCUUGAAACUGCAGAAUCCAUCAGAACAAUAGCUUUUAUUUCUUGGCUGCGAGAACAGAGACCUUUCUUUCCUAUCCUAUAUGUAAUAAAGGAUGACAGCCCAUUGAAAUCAAGUUUUCUGCAGAAUAUGAUUGAAGACAGAACUGAAUCAGCCUUAUCAUACUAUGAGUUCCUCCUUCACAUACAGCAGCAAGUAAAUAAAUGAAACACUAGCCUUUGGCUCACUGGAAGGGAAGAUUUUUGCAGUAAAGGACACUUGUGCUUGUAAUACCUUCAUGAAAUGUGUGGCCUGAGGCAGUCGAUGAGAGGUUCUCACUGUGAUUUCAACGAACUAAAGCAAAUAAAGGACCACAUCUGAGAAUCAAAUGUGCAACUACAUAUUGUACCUUAAAAAUCAAACGAUUGGAACUGGUUGAGCACCUUUAAUUUGCUGCAAAUCAUGUUUUUACUGUAAGUAGUUGCAGCAUGAAGUACAUCCACAAAGGCAAUACUGAAAAGGUGAAAGACGUUUUGUAAAAUAAAGAGUUCUUUGUUGUUCAAAAUGUA